AUGAGUUUUACUGGAAGAUACGAAGUGGAGAGUGAAGAGAACUAUGAGACCUUCAUGCAGACAAUUGGUAUUCCAGCAGAAACCAUCCAAAAAGGAAAAAAUUUCAAAUUCACCACUGAGGUAGUGCAGAAUGGCAAUGACUUCACCUGGUCCCAGCUCUUCCCAGGCCAUACUAUUACUAACAGGUUCACAGUUGGGAAGGAGUCAGAUAUGGCGACUGCGAGUGGUAAAAAAUUUAAAGCAACCGUCCAGCUUGAAGAUGGGAAAAUAGUGGUGGAUUUUGGCAAAUACAAGCACUCAUCUGAAAUUGUAGGAGGAAAUCUGGUGGAGAUAUCAGAAGCUGGUGGUGUUACUUUCAAGAGGAUCAGCAGAAGAUUGGCUUAA